AUGGAUAAGGAGAAUCAGACAAAGGUGACAGAAUUUUAUUUUUCUGAUUUCCCUCAAUUUGAUGAUGGUGGCCUCCUGCUCUUCAUCCUUCUGCUCUGUGUCUACCUGUUCAUUGUUAUUGGGAACUCUAUGAUCUUCUUGGCUGUGCAGCUGGAUGUCCGUCUGCACAAUCCCAUGUAUAGUUUCAUCAGCAUCUUUUCCUUCCUGGAGAUUUGCUACACCACAGUGACCAUUCCCAAAAUGCUCUACAACCUUGUCAGCAGAGAGAAAACCAUCUCCCUCAUUGGCUGCCUACUGCAGAUGUAUUUUUUCCAUUCCUUUGGGGUCACAGAAGGCUUAGUCCUCACAAUGAUGGCCAUUGACAGGUACGUUGCCAUCUGUAACCCUCUCUGCUACACAAUCAUUAUAACUCCAAAACUAUGCACACAGCUUUCCACAGGCUCUUUCACCCUUGGCUUCCUCAUGCUCCUCCCAGAGAUUGUGUGGAUGUCUACUCUACCCUUCUGUGGCCCCAAUCAGAUUCACCAACUCUUCUGUGAUUUGGAACCUGUGCUCCUCUUGGCAUGUACAGACACAUCUAUGAUUCUGGUUGAAGAUGUCAUCCAUGCUAUCUCCAUCUUGAGUUGUGUCUCUAUCAUCACCCUUUCCUAUUUAAAAAUCAUCACCGUGGUCCUGAAAAUUCCAUCUGGUGAGAGCCGUCAGAAGGCAUUCUCCACAUGCACAGCCCACAUCACCAUUUUUGUGCUAUUUUUUGGCAGUGUGUCUCUCAUGUACCUGCGCUUCUCUGUGACCUUCCAACCAUUACUGGAGAAGAUGAUUGCACUAAUGUUUGCUGUCCUUGCCCCAUUUUUCAAUCCUAUAAUCUAUAGCCUGAGAAACAAAGAUAUGAAAGAGGCCAUUAAGAAAAUGCUCUGUUCUCAAAAAGUUCACCAUCUCUGGUCACUGAUGUGA